UCCUUGUUAUCGAGGAGACAACUUACAAGUUACAGGACUGCCAGGAGAGACAUUAAGGACUAAAAGAUUAACUAAAAGACAGGGGAAAUAGGCAAGCAUAAGAGAAAACAAAAUGGAAAACUAUUGCAGGAAACAGAAUGUCAAGGCUGUGUUGGGUUGAACAUCAUAGAGUUGCCUCAAACUGACAAACUGGUAUAAAACUAGUGUUCUAAAGUAUUUUACUACGUGCCAUUGUACGUUGGACUGGCCACUAACAAAGAACAUGAGUGAGUGUAAAAAAAAAGAGUUGAGUGAGAGAGGAAGAGAACUGUUGCUCAUCCGUAGGGCCAGUGGAGCCAAUGCCUCUCAGCUGGUGCAGAUGGAGAAGAUGCUAGAAGAAACCAAAGGGCUAAUGGAGAAGAAAACAGAGACAGAAUCAGAAAGCAAACCCUGUGAGGACACCAUGGUCUCUGAUCUGGAGGAGAAGGUCCAACGCAGCAAGCGAGACCGUAGAAACUCCCUCCACCGGACACAGCUGCUGGAGAGUCAGAUGAAGACAGUUCGUGGCGAGCUUGUCGGCACCCUCGAUCACCUGCAGGAACUGCGUAACAUAUUGCAGCGUUCGCAGCAGAAUGCAAAGGAGCGGGAAGCAACCAUGCAAAAACUUAAAGCAGGGCUCAGGUGAGACUCUACCUGUCCGCCUUCAGUUUAUAGGUCACCAUAUGCAUUCCUCUCAUAAUGAAGAAUUUGCCCCACUAUUCAUCUGAAAUGUUUUCUUGGCCACCGUAUCCAAAAUGGCAUAAUUGUUUAGACCGGCCCCACAUGUUCCUUGUGUGACAAAUGCUGCCCUACGUUGUAAAAUCUUUGUUAAAUGAUAAUGGAAUGCCACAACCAUUUUAAAGGGUGUGUGUUUACCCUCCAAAUAUGGAAACAGUUCUAUGUCCUUCUGCUAUUUUGGUUGUUGAAUGCUCUGUGUAUGGUAUAUCCUGUUUAACAGAAAAGCAGCCUUUAUUUAUAAUUUAUAACUUGUUUGGUGUAUAUAGACAUCAACUUAAUACCCUGUUAGUUGUGAUAUAAAUUUGAAUCCCCUGUCAUAAAUUACACUUUUUAUUUUACCAAAUUGUGUGUGGCAACUUCAGACAGGCAUUCUUGUUUUUGUUUAUGACUUGGUUUGUGAGACCACAGACUGUGAACAAUGUCAUGUAGCUUUGAGAUGUUUCAUAUGUACAAGGAAACAGGCAAACAAGUCCAUUGUCUUUUGAUAUGGGCGUAUUUAUCUCUUCUGCUGCUUUUGAAUUGUGUAAGGUUUAUUCAUGUGCAUACCCUCAAAUAUUACAUGCCCACACAGCCCUUGCAACAUAAAGCCAAUCAGCUUUGCUGUUUCAACAUUAAUAGUAUUUCAGUAAUGCAGGUGAACCUACUGUAUGGGUUAUAUUCUUGUUCAAUAAAAAUAUAGAUAUAUC